AUGCAGAUGUUUGGCGCAGACCGUCAAUCCGACAGCUUCCAGACGGCAUCGAUCCCUCUGGCCCGAAGAGGCUCCUUGUAUGAAUCCAGAGUGUGGGGCACAGGCAAUUCGCCGCCACAGAAACAUUACUCCAUCGAUUUUUCAAUGUUGAACACUGCGCCCGAUGCUUACCUUGCUGCCGCUUCUGCUGCACCUGCCACUGGUUUGGCGGGUCAGAAUUACAUCAAUUCUUCCACACAGGGUCUCUCUCAAUUUAUCGGCGGUCCGGAAAAAACAGCUCCGUAUUCUAAUGCGGAGGCCAACGCUAUUGAUCCGAUCGAUUUCUCAACUGGGCCACCCUCGUUAAGACCUCCCCAGUCCUCAACUUUUCAGAAGAAUGGAAGCUUCAAUUACAACGGCUUUAGAGGCCGUGCGUUUUCGGACGUCUCUCCGAUCCAGAGCGCCAAUCUUCCACAUCCUAACGAUUACUAUAGCCCCUUGGCCACUUCGACACUGGGCCACCAGGUAUCACCAAUUCUCUCUGACGCCGCUGCUACAAGACAAUCUCCUACGCAACCAAACGUUGGAUUAAACGGAUUUAAUGGCUCCAAUCUCGGUGCGUUCCCACAAUCAUUGGCGUACUCAGGAGACGCACAAGAUAGACACUUUACUCAUAGACCAGAAUAUGUCGGGAGCAUUUUCAACUAUCAGUUUCCGACCCCAUCCUCAAAUACCAACCAGUUACGAAACGUUCAACAGCCAAUGGGCCAGAACUCGUUUCCUACACAUGACGAACAGUUACUCUAUUGGGGUGGUGUAAAUAAGAGCGGAUGGAAUCAGGCAAUUCCAAGUGAAGCCCACCCUGCUUCCUCUUACAAAGCUGGCUUUGAUCAAGCUGAGGCUUUGCAGGCUUACCGUCGCUACUCUUGCGGCGAACCAUAUAUUGCACCAAUGGCUGGCCAGUUGAGACAAAUGCAAUCUACUAAACAAUUCAAUUCUCAAAGCACUACAAAACCUAAGUUUUCAGUCACUAGCCUUGAACAAAAGAACAGCCAGAAUUAUGAAGACAAAAACUUAGAAAUUGUGCUGGAUUAUUUCACCGUUGAUGUUCAUCAGAGAGUCAAGGUUUCUGUUGACUUCUUUGACCAAAGAUUCAUGGAAGAGAAAGCUUAUUUGGAAGAUCUGUACCAGCUUCCUCAAUUUCCCUUGGAUUCCUCUGCAAGAAACCUGCAACUUGUUUUGGUCUGCUUCAAGGCUGGAAGACUCGAUGUCUUCUAUUUGCCAGAGGGCAAGCACAAUUUGAAGAGCAUUCAUGAGGGUGACUUGGUCAUCGUGGAAGCUGACAGAGGCCGUGAUUUGGGUAAGGUUGUCAGAAUGAACAUCUCUGUGGACCAAGCCAGACUCCUUAAACUCCUUCAAUUCUUAGAACAACUGGUUGCGCUAAACGAGAAGGGCACGGAAGACAUUACCAUGAGGUCACUUCUUCAAAGCUCCAAUCCUGGUGCCAAAGAUAGUGGUGUUUAUUUUGCACCUCCAACCUUGUACUGUCCAAAGCCUAUCAUUUCCUUAGCUCUGCGAACCGAAGUAACACUGCUCAUCAGCAAGAGUCAGGAUGAAGAGAAGGCAUGCAAGCUAAGCUUGGCUAAAAUAUCAAGCACUCUCAGUCUGCUCAAUGCCGGCGAGACGAAGGGCACACUCACUCUGGCUGACUUGUCCCAGAUGAGAUUAAUAGAUGCCGAGUACCAAUUUGAUCGGCGCAAGCUUAUUUUCUAUUAUUCGACACACAAACGAAUCGAUUUCAGAGAUUUGGUUCGUGAAUUGUUCCGGAUAUACAAAACUCGGAUAUGGAUGUGUGCGGUGACAGGAAUACCAUACCAAUCUACGAUGAAAAAAUCGACAUCAAGGCAACAAAGCAAGCUAGAUACCUCAGAGUCCAGACGUACAUCUGAAAGAAGUUCUAUGGGACUGAUUUCAACCUUGAACUCUGAGCUCUCGAACCCACUGAUUUUUGACGUGAAUGCUACAUCUGAGCUGGUCUACGAUGAAAUUCCACGCAAGUAUCAUGGCGCGCGGCCCGGACUCGAGGAAGAGAACCGCGGAAGUGGAGAGUCGCUUGUCUUGAAGUCUUUAGUUGAUACCCUUAACAAUUAG